CUCUUGCAUGUUCCAAUAUCAACCACUGCUGUCAAGCUUUUAGGUAUAGAAGUAUUUGGUAGAAGUUUUCGGGACAGGUUUGACAGAGCCCCAGCUCGCAGUCCCGUUCGGGGCCGACAUGGCGGAGCAGGAUGCAAGCGUAGAGCCCAGCUCAAGGCCCGCGCGGAAGUAUGAACGGGAUGAGCUUAUGGAUAUUGGGCGGAAGUGCGAAGGCAAGCCGCUGCCCAAGGGCGUGAGCCUUGCAGAGCUCAGCCUCAUCGACCCCGCCACCAUUGACUCCGAGCGGUCCUCCUUCGAGAGGAGCUUCUCCACGGGCACGGGCGACGAUGGGCCCAGCUUCAAGCCCGCAUGGGCGAAGGGGCUGCGUGGGGGAGAUGGCCCUGCGAGGCCUGCGUACCCAGUGCCCAUCCGCAGCAAGCUCGUGGACAUACCGGGCGGCGACGAUGAAACCCCGGCUCGCUCCAGCAUGGAGCGCAAUGGCAGCCUGCCGCAGCCGCAGCGCGGCACCGCCUGGGGCCGCGGCGCUGACGACCGCCUGGGCACCAGCUUUAAUGAGCGCGAGCCGCGCGACCGCGAGCCGCGUGGCGGCCGCGAAGCGUGGGAGGUGGCGCGCUCGCCGACUGGGCCACCCGGCCUGGCUGAGCGCGGAGGGCUCACCGCCCGCGGUGGCGGCCGCUGGGGCCCUGAGCGCGAGAAGGAGCCUGGCGCCGCCUGGGGCCGCAGGGACGACAGGUGGCGCGGCGAGGAUGGCGAGCGCCCCCGGGGCCCUGAGCGCGACCGCGAUACCCCGUUCGCCGCAGCGCGGGAGCGUGAGCCCCCGGCCCGCGACGGCGCCGGGACGGACCGUGACCGUGGCGGCGACCGCUGGGGCCGCCGCGAGGGCGAUGAAGACGGUGGCGGCGGCCGCUGGACAGACCGGCGGCGUAACGAGCCGCCGCCGCCGCCUCGCGGCCACUACGGCGAGCGCGACUACCAGCGUGACCACCAUGGUGGCCACGACCCGGAGUGGAUGGCUGAGGAGGCUGAGAGCCGGCGCCCGCCGGGCGGCCGCGACGACCGCGGCCCGCCGGGCGGCGGCCGCCUCGCUGGCGGUGGUGGUGGCGGUGGCGGAGGUGGAGGUGGCGGCGGGCGGCUCACUGCCGCCGACGUGGAGCGCGAGCGUCAGGCAUUCCGCGCCAUGGCCAACAAGGAGAAGGACGCGGCCAAGCCCAAGCACGGGCUGUUUGACGUGGAGGAGAUUGAUCUGGACGAGCUGCGGGAGGACGACGACGACCACCACGGGCGCGGCCACGGCCACGGCAAGCCCGGGCAGCAGCAGCAGCCGGCCGGGCCCAUGCGCGGUGCCAUGGGUGUGGAGGAGCUGGAGCGGCGCAUGGCGGGUGGGCCGGGUGGACCGAACACGCCAGCCAAGCCGGUGGCUCCACCGCCGGGCUUUGGCGGUGCUCCCACAACAACACCGCCGCCGGGCUUCGGGCCCGUUGCUGCAGCAGCUGGGCCCGCGCCCCCUGCUGGUGGCGGUGGCGGUGGCGCUGCUCCCGGUGGCGGCGGCGGCGGUCUGGGAGCCCUCCUGGGUGGCGGCGGCGGCGGCGGCGGCAGUGGCAACGCUGCUGGCAAGGCGCUGCUUGGAAUGCUGAAGAAGACCAGCGACGCAGCAGCGCCUGCUACCGCGCCACCGGCGCCUACACCCAUCGCGGUUCCGCUGCAGCAGCCUCCUGCGCAGGCUGCUCCUGCGGGCAGUGCGCCUGAGCAGGGCUCCGCACCCACGGCUCCACAGGCUCAGCAGCAGCAGCAGCCGGCUGCGCCGACCGCCGGAGGCCCCGCCAUGGACGCGAACGCUGCGCCAAAGCCAACGCUGCCAGGCAUCCCGCUCAUGCCGCUCGUGUCGUCCAUACCGGAGGGCGUCCGCAACGCGUUCGGGGAACCUGGUGGCGGCGGCAUGGGCGGUGGCGCUGGUGGUGGCGGCUUCGGGCCAUCGCCAGGAUUGGGCGGCCCACCGCAGGGUGGCCCUGCGGGCGGAGGCUUUGGAGGCGGUCUUAGCAGCAUCUGGGGAACACCAUCGUUAUUCCCCCAGCCUAACAAGCCGGACGGUGCUGCGGCCCCGCCGGCAGCUGGUCCCGCGCCCUCGCCCGCUGGUGCGCCGCCGACUGCCGCCGCGUCAGCAUCGUCGGGUGCUGCGCCGGCCCCCCCGCGCCCUGCCGGUGCCAACCAGCUGCCACCCCAGCUGCAAGCGCUAUUUGCGCCCACUCCCAACGCGCAGCAGCAGGGCCAACCGCAGCAGCAGCAACAACUACAGGGUCAACCCCAGCAGCAGGGACAGCAGCAGGGCAUCAACAUCCGGAGCCUGCCGGAGUCGCACCCGCUGCACGCGCUGUUCACUCGGGCGUCGCAGGGCAACAAGCCCGGGGCCGGUCCUGGGCCAGCACCUGGCCAGCAGCCUCCUCCCGCGGGGCCGCCACCUGGCCAGCAACAGCAGCAGCAGCCGGGAGCGCCGCCCAUGCCUGGCAUCACUGGGCAGGCAGGACCUAAUGACCCACUGGCGAUGCUGCUGGGCCAGCUCGGUCGCAACCAGCCCGGCCAGGGCCCGCCACCGCAGCAGCACCAACAGCAGCCGGGUGCUGGCAUGCCACCGCCAGGCAUGCCGGGCUUCCCGCCUGGCAUGGGCCACAUGGGCAUGCCGCCCCCGCCCGGCAUGCCCCCCGGCAUGCCACCCUUCUUCCCUCCCGGCCCCGGCCAGCCGCCCAUGCCCGGCACUCGGCCGACCUUUGGCCCUGGGCCCGGCCAGCAGCAGCAGCAGCAGCCUCUGCAGCAGCUGCAGCAACAACUGCAGCAGCUGCAGAUGGGGCCGCCGGGUGGGCAAGGCGUGUCGCCGCAUGCGAUGCCGCCGGGCGGCUUCAUGCACAUGCCAGGCCAGGGCCCGCCACCGCCCGGCGGCCCCGGCCAGGUGCAGCCGCAACAGCAGCAGCAGCCUGGAGGCCAGGGUGCUAACAUGGUGUCGCAGCUGCAGCAGAUGCUGCAACAGGCACAACACCAACACCAGCAGCAGCAGCAACAGCAGCAGUCUCAGGCGCUCACUCAACAGCAGCAACAACAGCAGGCGGGCGCAAACCUGCUGCAGCAGCUCAUGGCGGGUGCGGGUGGCGCCAAUGCCGGCGCGCCUCCCCAGGGAGGCAUGAACAACGCCUUCCUGCAGCAGCUGCAAGGCAUGCAGGGCGGUGCACGGCCGCCGCCCGGCAUGCCCGGGGCUCCGCCGCAGCAGCGGCCGCCUAUGAUGUCGGGCGGCUUCCCGAUGCCGCCCAUGCCGGGGGGCCCCGGCGGCUUUCCGCCGCCCGCCGGCGCCUGGCCGCCUGGCGUCAAUCCCGCUCUGGCGGCGGCUGCAGCCGCAGCUGCAGCAGCGGCUGGCGGUGGCGCUCGUCCGCCGGGGAUGCAAGGAAUACCCCCGCCGGGCAUGGUGGGUGGUGCGCCUGGUGGCGUGGGUGGCACCUCAGACCUGGCGCGCAUUCUCAAUGCCGCGGCGGCGCUGCAGGCGGCCGGCGGCGGGCAGGGGCGUAUGCCCGGAAUGUCGGGACCGCCGGCGCCGGGCGGCGCGAUGCCAGGCAGCGACCUGGAGCGUCUGCUGCAGAUGCAGGCGGCGGCGGGGCGCGGCCAGGCGCCUCGGUAGGCAGCCGCGCAACGUGCAGGACAUUGUAGGAACGUUGGCAGCACCGCGCCGGGCGCAGAGCCACUGAGGUCGCGUCAGCGGCAGGUCUGAAGGGUAGUUCGCAACUGGUACCACGCCAGGCAAAGGCCCGGCCCGGCAAGUUCUUUCAGCUGUUGCUGGCCUUUUCCAUGUGUAAAUGUCGUUUAGUGCGCGUGUGUAGGGGGUGCAGGACAAACGCCUGUAAGCUCGUCCUGACGGCUGUUACGUCCUGGGCGCUUGCUUUCGUGAGAUGUCAGGGCACUGACAGAAGGGAUGUAGCGAUGAGUUCAGUGCGUUAUGAGGGUGUUGGAUUCGUAUAUGCUGGUUGUCCAUGGGGCUGCAGACAAUAGCAGGCGGCAGAGUAGCAAGGUGUCUGGGAUGCGCUGUGGUGAAUUGGAUAAGGUUGGGGGCGAAAUGACAUACCGGUACUUCAACAGGCACUGUCUGAUAUGAGCACCAGAACUUGGGGAGCAAUGAGCUGGGUGUGGACUCGCUUGAUGGCAGGAUGCCAUGGGCGUGCAUGUAGUCUGCAACCAUGUACCAUAGGGUAACAUGUACAUUUA